GCAAAAGCAUGCCAUCGCCAUUAAUGGAUGGUGAGAAGGAAAUACGGAGCAGAGAAUUACAAAUAAGAGGAAGAGGCCGUUAAUGCCGUGGGGACUUCCUUUCCACAAUUUUGUUUGCUUUUGCAUUUCUUCUCCCCAGCCAUGGAGGUUGAAACCCUAAACAUAUUCGUUUCGCAAUUUUCAAUAAUUUUUUAAUCGCCUCCAUUUCCGGUGUCGAUCAUCGUAUCGGAUAUUUGUAGAUAAUCAGGUCUGCCAGCUUGUGCGAUUUCCAGAAGCCUAUUUUGCGAGGAUGUUUUUUAGCUCAGCUACCGAGGAAUUGGAUGCAUACUAUCCUAUUAGACCUGAAUGUCAAGCCGAUGUUCCCGUAACACGCUUCAAAGCCAGGGUGGGCAAAACUCUGAGUCCAAGAAGAUGGAAUGCAGCAUUUUCUCAAGACGGCUGCGUGGAUUUUGCUGGUGUUCUUAGAAGAAUCCAGAAAGGGGGGAUCCACCCUACCAUUAAAGGCGUAGUCUGGGAAUUUUUGUUGGGUUGUUAUGAUCCCAACAGUACAAAUGAUGAAAGAAACGAAAUCAGGGAACGCAGGAGGGAACAAUAUGCCGCUUGGAAAGCUGUGUGUCAAAAAAUGGUACCUGCCAUUGGCAGUGGAAAGCUUAUCACAACACCUCUAAACAGUGAAGAUGGCGAACCAGCACAAGAUUCUUCUUCCGAUGCUAGUGAACAGAAUUGUAAUGGUGCCAUUCCGAAUGAAAAUGAGUCAUUAGAUCCAAGGGAAGCGCAAUGGAAGCUUAACCUCCCUCAAAUUGGAUUGGAUGUUGUUCGAACUGAUCGUACCCUUGUAUUCUAUGAGGAAGAAGCUAAUCGUGCAAAACUUUGGGAUGUUCUUUCUGUUUAUGCAUGGGUUGACAAAGACAUUGGGUAUGUUCAAGGAAUGAAUGAUAUAUGCUCUCCAAUGGUUAUUCUUCUUGAACACGAGGCAGAUGCCUUCUGGUGUUUUGAGCGUGCUAUGCGUCGACUUAGAGACAAUUUCAAGUGCACCACAAGUGCUAUGGGAGUACAAUCUCAGCUGGGUACUCUUUCCCAAGUCAUCAAAGCUGUAGACCCAAAGCUUCAUCAGCAUCUCGAGGAUUUGGAUGGCGGGGAGUAUUUGUUUGCCAUUCGUAUGCUGAUGGUUGUGUUUCGAAGAGAAUUUUCAUUUGUGGAUGCUAUGUAUCUCUGGGAGGUCAUGUGGGCCAUGGAGUACAAUCCACAUAUCUUUGCACAAUAUGAGGAGUCGAGCGAGCUAACCUCUGCAAGUGGUAACAGAAAUGAUGGUAAAGUAAGUAGCAAGCAGCUCAAGCAAUAUGGAAAAUUUGAGCGAGUAAACAUGAAAACGGGAACCCAAGAACAACAAGGUGCUCUCGCUGUGUUCCUAGUUGCCGGCGUUCUUGAAAAAAGGAACAAACGACUCUUGAAAGAGGCUCAGGGCAUGGAUGAUGUUGUUCAGAUCUUGGGUGAAAUCACCGGAAAUUUGGACGCGAAAAAGGCACUGAAAGAAGCACUCAAAGUUCACAAGAAAUAUUUGAGCAAGGCCAAGAAGCCGCAGUAGGAUCAUCUGCAUCCCGGAACAAGCUAGUAAAAAGGUCGAGUUUGUGUUGUGCUAUUUGUAUCCUUUCUUUUGCAACAGGCCUCGAAUUAGAGCGGCUCUUGCAAUCAUCGAUAGCUUUCGUGUAAAUUCAGAUGGUGUUCAUAGUUUAUAUUGAUCCCUGUUUUGUGUUUUUGCAUACGUUUUAGUAGGUAGUUGUUGGUUCUCUUUUGUAAAUUUUGGGAUGCAUGCUUUAAUGAUCAUGUAAAAAUUGUAUGUUGUGUACGGCAGUAAUUGAUUGAGUUA